CCAAGGCACCAAUGAUGACUUUGACUGGAAGCAUGUUGAAAUCCAAGGUCCAACUGGACAGACAUCAGAACUCCUUCAAGGCUCCUACAUGAUGGUGAACUCUUCACAGCACAUUCAAGGCCAGAAAGCUCAACUGAUCCUCCAUUCUUUGAGUGAAAAUUAUGCUCACUGUAUCCACUUCAGCUACUUUUUAUACGACAAAGAUGGAUUUAGCCCUGGUUUACUCAAUGUUUUCAUCAGGGUCAAUAAUGGAUCACUUGGUGAUGCCGUUUGGAAUGUAUCAAAAUCGCAUGGGAAGCAAUGGUUACAGGCUGAACUUGCUGUUGGUAUUUUCUAUCCAGAUAACUAUCAGGUUAUUUUUGAAGCAGUCAUCUUGCCGGAACAAAGAGGUUAUAUCGCAUUAGAUGAUAUACAGAUCGUGGAUUCCACCUGCACUAACACCACACACUUUCAGCCACUCAGAGAUAUGGAGAUGAACUCUGAGCAGGAUGUAACUUUCCAUUGUGUUACAAGUGGACAAAUGACUAAGGCACAAAGUCUUUCCUUGCAGAGACAGCACGGAGGCGUAAUCAACCCAUCAGCACAGCCAGAAAGCAUCAACCCUGCAAUACUAAUUGCAAUCUUUCAACUACAACAGUUGACAAAGCAAAACCAGGACCUGUAUCGUUGUGUGAUUCAGUCUGAAAGUGGAGCAGGAGUGUCUAACUUUGCAGCAUUGAUUGUUAAAGAACCUCCAACACCAGCUGCUGCACCCAAAAUGAUAAAGAGUGACUCAACAUACCUGGUUUUGGACCUAAACAUCAACCACAUUCAUGGAGAUGGUCCCAUUAUUCAGAAAGAGAUUAUAUACCAAAAAAUCUCAAAAACCUGCACAACCAUCCCGAUUUUUUAUGGUUCGAGUUAUACCCUGAGGUACUUAGACCCAGACACUGAAUACCAGAUUGGUGUCAGACUGACCCGGCCUGGUAAGGGAGGCAGAGGAGAUAUAGGACCCAAACUCAUCAGCAAGACUACAUGUGCAGAACCAGUGCAGGCACCCAACAACAUCAUCUCAUCUGAAAUCAAGCCAAGGCAAGUCACUCUACAAUGGGAGCCAUUGGAAUACAACAGCACUCGCUGCCACACUUACUUUUACACUGUGUGUUACCACUACACCUUCAGAGUUGACUACUUUCGGAGGUUCCAAGAAUGCCAGACUGUUCCACAAAACGUCUCUUCAUUCAUCAUUAGAAAACUCCUACCUCAUACUGACAUCUAUGUCAAGAUCACUGUACUCAAUCCUAUAGGAAGGAGAGAGAGUGAAGAACUUAAAUUUCAGACAGAUGAAGAUGUACCUGGCAGAAUUUCAACAGAGUUCAUCAGAAGUUUAUCCACGGAAGAUAUGAUAACUUUGAAAUGGAAAGAACCAAAGGUGCCUAAUGGUGUUAUCACGCAGUAUGAGGUAAGCUAUCAAUGCAUUGAGUCCUCUGACCCAGCAGUGAUUACAUCCUGCCCAAAGAAAACUCUCUUGAAAGGCAGAAAUGAAACCAAUCACACAUUUAAGAAUUUGGAACCGGGCACCACUUAUCGUUUCUCGAUUAGGGCAUCCACUGUCAAAGGUUUCGGCUCGAGAGUAUUUACUAUGAUCACGACAAACAUAUCAGCUCCUCUCUUUGUGUAUGGUAGCAUGCCUUCUCCACUAGAGGUAACGAAUACCACCAUUACUGUCCAGCUGAAGCCAGCACGAGGCCGUGGUGCUCCAAUCAGUGUUUACCACAUCGUUGUGAAACAGAACAAUCUACAUAAAGUGAAGCAAGAACCCAGAACACAGAAGUGCUUUCCUUUGCCCAUUAAAUGGGAAGAGGCUGCAACUGAAGACUUGCCAUACUAUUACAGUGCUGAGCUCACACCUAGCAGCCUUCCAGGACUAAAGCCUUUCACUGUUGGAGAUAAUGGCACUUACAAUGGCUAUUGGAAUGUACCGCUGGUAUCUAAGAAGAAUUAUAGCAUCUACUUUCAAGCCAUGAGCAAUUUCAAAGGGGAAAAAAAGAUAAACUGUGUAUUAAUUGCUGAAAAAGCUGCUUACAAAGGAAGUCAAAAGGAUGUACAACUUUCUCAUCAAUUGAGUUUGAUCUUGAGCAUCUGUGCUGGAAGCCUGGUAGUGUUUAUCCUGAUUCUCCUGUAUGUCAAUAAAGGAAAAUGCACCCAAAGGAACAGGACUUUGGUGAGUCCCCACCAUAACAGAACAAACAGAACGAAUGUCAUGGCUAGGAGCUCCACUGACCUGCUGGAGGACCUUGACAGCAGCAGCAGACAUUCUCCUAAUGCUGAGCAGCACAAUAUGAUGAAUGAAUCAAUCAGCUUAUCAGAAAACCUCUCUCAGAGACCUUGUCAUCAAGCUGGCUUUCCUUAUCAGACUCAGAAGCUGUACCGUGCAGUUCAAGUGGCUGACCUUCAUGAACACAUCAACCAAAUGAAAUCAGCUGAGGACUAUGGCUUCAAGCAAGAGUAUGAGAGCCUCUUUCAAGGCCAGUCUUCAUGUCAGAAAAUGUCAAAGAAGAGAAAACGAUGUUCCGAAAGUCAAUGUGUAAACGUCACUAUUAAUGAUUGUCGUCGAGCCACCUUACCUACAUAUCUGGAAGAUCCUGGAUUUAUUUAUUUGAGCUAUGCAGAUAGUAAGCAAUAUAGAAGAUUGAGCAUAAACAGGGCUGAAAUGCAGUAUAACCUUCUGGGUGCAUUGAAGUUUAAGGCUGAUCACAAAGCAAAAUACUUCAUUGCAGCACAAGGACCCAAACAAGAAAUGGUGUAUGAUUUCUGGAGGAUGAUGUGGCAGGAACAUUGCGGGUGUAUUGUGAUGAUUAACAAGUUGGUGGAAGUUGGACAGGUCAACUGCUGCAAAUACUGGCCUGAUGACACAGAGAAUUAUGGAGACAUAAGUGUUACUCUCAUUAAAACAGAGGUUCGAGCAGAAUAUACUGUCAGAAUCUUCUCACUUCAAAAGAUGUAUUGCUCAGCCAGACGUGAAAUUCUGCAGUUUCAUUUCACAGCUUGGCCAGAACAUGGAGUUCCCGAUCAUGCAACAGGUCUCCUCGCACUUAUUCGCCGUGUCAAGGCUGCUAAUCCUCCUGAAUCAGGGCCACUAGUCGUUCACUGCAGCACUGGUACUGGGAGAACUGGAUGCUACAUUGCUCUGGAUGUGUUGAUGGACAUGGCAACAUAUGAAGGGGUUAUUGAUGUUUACAACUUUGUGAAGACUCUGUCCUCAUGGCGCAUUAACAUGAUUCAGACUGAGGAGCAGUAUAUUUUCAUCCACAAAGCUAUCUUGGAAGCCCACCAGUGUGGUGACACCUCCAUUCCAGUUAAUAAAUUCAAAUCUACUUAUAAAGAAAUGAUCAGAGUUGACCCUCAGAGUAACUCCUCACAGCUCAGUAAAGAAUUUCAGGUUCUUAAUUCAGUGGCUUCUGACCCAGAUGGUGAAAAUUCCAGCAUUUCUUUCUUACCUCAGAAAGAAAAGAACUGUAAUGUGGAUUCCCUUCCACCUGAUAAAUGCCUUCCGUUACUUGUUACUGUGAAGGAUGAAAGUAACAAGUACACCAAUGCUACCUUGUUGGAUAGCUACAGACAAGCAACAGCUUUUGUGGUGACCCCACAUCCUUUUCAGAAAGAUGCAGCUGACUUUUGGAGACUUGUGUAUGACUGCAAGUGUUCUUCAAUAAUCAUGCUGAACCAACUUAACGAAUUAAACUCUGCUUGGCCAGGCUUGCAGUAUUGGCCAGAGAGUGGAGUUCAGCAGUAUGGACCCAUACAAGUAAAAUUUAUCUCAUGCAGAAUGAAUAAGGAAAUCUGUGUCAGCAUGUUUGAGGUCCGGAAUUUAUUACAGGAAAAUUAUCUGACAGUGAAACAUUUCCAAUACCUUCAGUGGCCUACAAACAGCUGUGUACCCAAAUCCAAGAAAUCAUUCUUCAACCUACUGAGGACAGUUGAAAAAUGGCAGGCAAGAUGUGGUGAUGGACGAAUUGCCAUUCACCGUUUGAAUGGAGAAGGGGACAGUGGAGUAUUCUGUGCUUUGAUUUCCAUCAUGGAGAUGAUCAAAUACCAAAAGAUGGUGGAUGUUUUUCACACAGUGCAGACAUUACGCCACAACAAACCAAACAUGGUUGAAUCCCUGGAACAGUACCAGUUCUGCUAUGACAUAGCACUUGAGUACUUGGAGUUCUGGGAAGUAAAUGGCAAAGAAUAAUCGGUAUCCUAAAAGCAUGUGUUUUUUUUGUUUAACUUUUUCAAACAUGCUUUGUGAUACACAGAUUGGAUUGCACAUUCUUCAGUACCUGACUGUCAAUCCAGAUCUGGCCUAAACCACUGAUCUUCAGCCAAUAUUUCAAAUAGAUGCCAUGCAUAGUGAAUGAGUGAAUUUUCCAACUGUUGCAGGUUAAAACUGCUACACUUUACCUGCACUGAAAAAGGAUUUCAAACAUGGCCUUUGAUGAAUUCCGUUCAGGACAUGGUAGUAAGAUUAUAUGUAAUGUGCUAAUUGAUGUCUUGUCUAAAUGGCUUUUCUCAACAGUUGAAUUUAUCAUCUUCUGUGUGACUUAUGUUGCAAUGAUGGUGGUGGAAAAUCUAAUUUUUACUUUAGUUUUGAAUUAUUUCACCUUUUCUCACUCAGGUAAAAAUUGAUUUUCCCUGUCAUUUGGUGAUCUGAGGUGUUUAACUCUGUGCAACAAUUUACAGCCAAGGAUUUGUGCUUUAUGCAUAAUUUAUGACUUAUUAGUGAUAGGCAGCAUAGCUUUGUGCAGGGCAGACUGUCUCAAACUGAUUACAUUUUUUGAGGAAGUGGCAAAAAUGACUGAGUGUAGGUUGGUGGAUGUUGUUUAUGUAGGUUUUAACAAGGCCUUUGACAGGGUCCCUCAUGGCAGGCUGAUCCAGAAGGUAAAAUCACAUGGGAACAAUGGUGAGCUGACAAGAUUGAUUCAGAACUGGCUUGGCCAUAUUAGAUGGAGUAGUGAUGAAAGGGUCUUCAUCUAAUUAGAGAUCCAGGUAGUGUUCAGCAGAUAUCAGUGCUGGGACCCUUAUUUGUUUGUGUGUGUG